CUGUGCUCUCUCUCAGUCUUUUUUUUUUUGUUCCCCUUCCACUCUUUUUGGGUUCUGCGCUCAUUUGAAAUCGAGUAAUUCGAAUUCUAGGGUUCUUUUGUCUUCUCCCAUUGCCUUCUUCCACUUGUUUAAUCGGCAUCCUCUCUCCCUCCCUCUUCUUGGAUUUCUUUCAGGCAUCAUCUGGAGCGAAGGAUCUCUAAUCCGUGGUGGAACCCCAGGCUACAGUUUGUGUCACGAAUCUAUCCAUCUCGGAACUGGUCAUCACGUUUUCCUUUAAUUCAAGCAGCAACUAUGGGAGAAAUCUUUGAAAAUUUGAUGGACAGGGCUACCAUCACCAUGGCCAUUCCCCGUUCUCCACUUCUUGAAGGAAGCCCGGCUAUCGCGGGUCAAAAUCUAACGCAAAGUUGUGAGCUUUGAGUGGUUUGGCAGCCGGCGGAGGGUUGGAAGUGAGAGAUCAACAAAACAUCCUUUGGAAUUCCUACCCUUUUGGAAGAUAAAUCGAUAUGAAGUCCAAUCCAUCCCUGGUGAAGUCCAGGGCUGGUGGCAGGAUGGUGACUUCACAGCAGGCGGUCUUCGAGCUGAAGCACCGAGUGGUUCUCUCGUUGAACAAGCUCGCCGACAGGGACACCCACCAGAUUGGUGUGGACGAGCUCGAGAAGACUGCCGAGAGCUUAGCUCCUGAAAUGAUCACGCCGUUCCUAUCGUGCAUCACCGAUACUGACUCCGAGCAGAAGAGUGGUGUUCGGAAGGAAUGCGUGAGAGUAAUGGGCAACUUGGCCAGGGCUCAUGGGAGCCUUUUGGCUUCCCACCUUCCGAAGAUGGUGGCUAGUAUAGUUAAGCGCCUCAAGGAUACUGAUUCUGUUGUCAGGGAUGCCUGUGUAGAAACAUGUGGUGUUCUGGCUACGAGCAUAAGGAGCUCUGGCGGCGGCGGCGGCGGCGGCGGCGGCACUGCCUUUGUGGCACUGGUGAGGCCUCUUUUCGAAGCACUUGGCGAGCAGAACAGAUACGUGCAGGCUGGUGCGGCCUUGUGUUUAGCCCGGGUUAUUGAUGAGGCAAGCGAUCCCCCUAUGUCGAUUUUGCCACAGAUGCUGGCUCGUGUCGUUAAGUUGCUCAAAAAUCCGCACUUUAUGGCGAAGCCAGCCAUCAUUGAGUUGAUCAGAAGCAUCAUUCAGGCAGGAGGUGCUUCCACAGAGCAUGCUCUGUCUGUGGCAUUGACUGGCAUUCUGGAUGCCCUCAAAAGUAGUGACUGGACAACACGCAAAGCUGCUUCUGUGGCAUUGGCAGGUAUUGCUGUCAGUGCUGGAGCUUUGUUGGGGUCUUUCAAAAGUUCCUGCCUGCGCUCACUAGAAGGUUGUCGAUUUGAUAAGGUGAAACCUGUGCGGGAUGCAAUUGUGCAUGCCAUACAGUGUUGGAAAAACCUGCCAGGAACUGGUUCUCCUGAACCUUCAGAAGCUGGGUCAUCCACAAAAGAAAAUUUUAGUGGAGACUACCAUGACAUUACGAGUGCUAGCGAUAAUGGAUGGAGAGACACAUCUUUCAGGAAAGUUGGUCCUGUUUCUGUUCUUAGUGGGAACUCGAGUUCCACAAAGAAAAGAGCUCCUUUAUCUGUCAGGAAAGCCUGUUCCAACUACGUGCAGAAUCACCAACAUAUAAAGUCAAAUGAUUGGCAUAUUGAGAUAUCAUUUCCAAAAAGUCAUGCUAUGCCUUUGCCUGGUUCUGAACAGAAAGAAUCUGAGGGACAUUGCAUUGCAAAGGCUUUUGACAGAAUAGCAGGAGAUGCACCUGGGGAGCAAGAUAUCAAGUAUGGUGACCCAAUGGAUGAUAAACCAGAAUGCUCUUCUGUGUCAGAUUUAGUUAGUGGUAGCUAUGAGACAAAGCAUGUAGCUGUUGCGCAUGAGUGUCUUGAGGAUAUAGAUUCAGCAAACCUAAUUGGGAUGAAUCAAAAGACUGCCACUGAGGAGAUCGAACCCGAACUCCUUAGAACUGAGGAACGCAAGAGUUUGGAUUCAACUGUUACAGACUUCUGUUCACAGACUAUGCAUGGUUGCUGUGCGCAUGCUGCAAAUGAAUUGGCCUUCAUCAGAAAGCAACUCUUGGAGAUUGAGACCAAGCAGUCAAACUUGUUGGAUCUCUUACAGGUGUUUAUGGGGAAUACACUAGAUAACCUGUCAACCUUGAAGUUCAAGGUGCACAACCUGGAGUAUGCUGUUGAUAAAAUAUCACAAGGCAUUACUCGAAAUGAAAACUAUUCUAACUUGACUAGUUCUAGAAUUUUGAAGAAAAAUCAAAGUGUUUCUUCAUCUCCUCGGCUCUCUACCUGCACACCUAGGCCAUCGAUGGAUUGUAAUUACAAACAACCUUCACUAUUAUCGAUGAAAAAUAAGGAACCGUGGGGUGAAAAUGGAUCUAUGAAAAGCAGGUCAAGCACUUCAGUCAAAGAGGGAGUGGAACUUUGGCGGGAUCCUACACUGAACAUAAUCAGAAAUCCUAUAGCCAAGGGUAUACAGAAGAACUCGGGAGGAAAUGCUCACAGCUCAGUCAGAAGUCUAGCAAGGGAUGCAAAGGAUUUACAUUCUGUUUCAGCUAGUAAUGAUAGUACCAGGCAAAGUAACUUGGAAGGUAUGAGUGGCUUCUGGCAACGGGUUAAGGAGUUUCUUAGUGUUGGGGAUGUGGAGUCUGCAUAUGUUGAAGCUCUCUGUUCUGAUGAUGAUCUUAAUCUGAUUGAGCUUAUGGAUAGAACCGGGCCUGUUCUAGAAAGACUGUCAUGCGAGACGGCAAGUGAGGUUCUGAGCAUUUUGACCACACACUUUCUAGAUCAUAGGUUUCCAGAUACCACAAUAUCUUGGUUGCAACAGGUGGUUGAUUUAAGUACUGCCCAUGAACCGAGGCACCUUUUCAUGUCUCCAAAAGCUCAGAUGGAUUUCAUGUUAGCAUUACAGGGAUUGGUGGCUUUGGGAUUCUCUGAUCAAGCAGACAGAAUAUCAAUAUCACAACUUGUGGCAAAGCUGAGCUUAGUAUGGGGUGAGGCCCCAUGCAGGAAAAUGCUCCCAACUAGGGGACUCCGAGGAAACAAAAGCGUGGUAGUCAAUGCAAGAGGAUGACAGUGGCCAAGUAGAAAUUUCAGUUUGCAAUAUCCUGGAUAUCUGAUGAAGCUUUCUGAUCUGUGCGAUAUUAUAUGUUCAAUUUUCAGUCUAUCUUGGUAAGUCAUGAAAACAUGGAGCAAAUCAUGUGCACCUGAUGCAUUACAACAGAUCAUUUUGGAAGGAUUGCAUUCCUGAAACCUCUGUGACGGUAAAUGUUUGAACUGCAUAUCCAGGAGAAGUAAACAUGCAGAACUUUGGUGCUGAGGAAUCAUAUGUAAUAUGUUGGCAAAUUAAACUUGUCUAAAUAAUUUCUAAUCUUACCAUAAGAUCUACAAUAAGUUCAGUCUGUUGGUGAAUUACUUCUA